UCUACCACAGACACACAACAGGGCUGAGCUGCCUCUGGAUCUGGAUGCAGGCAUCCUUGGAUUCUGCCUUUUAGCACGGGCCCACUGCACGAGAACUUAACGGGACAACAAUGGUGCAAGCCUCGGCGGCUGAAUCUGUGGCUGCUGGUCGUUUAGGGGGCCGGGGAUUGUGGUCAAUGUGACAUUCACUUGCACGCUUGGUGUUGAGUUUAUUGUUCUGGUCCUAGACGCAGAGCAGCGAUUCUCUGAGAAGAUGUUGAGCCGAUUCAUGAGUGGCAGCAUCAGGAAUCUUGAGCGGGAAUACAGCUGCACCGUCAGACUGCUGGAUGAUACGGAAUAUACGUGCACCAUUCAGCGGGAUGCAAAGGGACAGUAUCUGUUUGACCUCAUCUGCCACCACCUCAACUUGCUGGAGAAAGACUAUUUUGGCAUCAGAUAUGUGGAUCCAGACAAGCAGCGGCAUUGGCUGGAGUUCUCAAAAUCAAUUGCAAAGCAAAUGAAAUCUCAGCCUCCAUUCACCAUGUGUCUGAGAGUCAAGUUCUACCCUCCUGAACCUGCUUCUCUAAAGGAGGAAAUCACUCGGUAUCUUGUCUUCCUGCAAAUCAAGAGAGACCUCUACCACGGGCGGCUCCUGUGCAAAACCUCCGACGCGGCCAUGCUAGCUGCCCACAUCCUACAAGCUGAGAUUGGUAACUACGACCCCGGGAAGCAUCCUGAAGGUUACAGCUCCAAGUUCCAGUUCUUCCCGAAACAUUCGGAGAAGCUGGAGCGUCGGAUUGCAGACAUACACAAGACAGAGCUGAUUGGACAGACACCUGAAACAUCAGAGCGAAAUUUCCUGCAGAAAGCCCAGCUGCUGGAGACAUAUGGUGUUGAUCCGCAUCCAUGCAAGGAUGUGUCUGGGAACCCAGCUUUCCUCGCCUUCACGCCGUUUGGUUUCGUGGUGCUUCAGGGAAACAAGAGAGUUCAUUUUCUCAAAUGGAACGAGGUGACCAAACUGAAGUUUGAAGGCAAGACGUUCCACGUAUAUGCAAAUCAGAAGGAGGAUGAAAAGAUCAUCUUGACGUACUUUGCACCCACACCGGAGGCAUGCAAGCACCUUUGGAAGUGUGGAGUGGAGAACCAAGCUUUCUACAAGCUUGAGAAGUCAAGUCAGGUUCGCACGGUGUCCAGCAGCAACCUGUUCUUCAAGGGCAGCCGUUUCCGUUACAGUGGACGAGUGGCAAAAGAGGUGAUGGAGCAGAGUGCCAAAAUCAAACGCGAACCUCCAGAAAUUCACAGGGCUGGCCUUGUGCCCAGCAGAAGUUGUCCAUCCAUCACCCACGGGCCUCGCCUCAGCAGUGUGCCGCGCACGCGUCGGAGAGCUGUGCACAUAUCUAUCAUGGAGGGUCUGGAGUCGUUGCGUGACAGUGCCCACUCCACACCGGUGCGUUCAGUGUCCCACGGGGAAUCCUUCAUGCCACGCUCCCGGAGCCAGGCCACAGACGCCAGUGAGGGGACUGCGGUGAUCUCGGACGAGGCCUACAGCCCGUCCGACAGCGUCCUGCCCACCCCGGUGGCCGAGCACAGCAUGGAGCUGGCUGUCUCACGCCAGAUAAACGGAGCGCCCUGCAGCAUCGAGGAGGAGAAGGAGUCGGAGGCGGGCACCCCCCGCGGGGAAGGGGGUGAUUUUGGUGCAGACGGUAGAUCUGCACAGGAGGGUGCUGGGGGGGACUCGGCCCUCAGCGAGGUGGAACAGGUGAAUAAAUUUGUCUUAAGUGUCCUCCGUUUGCUCCUUGUGACCAUUGGACUCCUCUUUGUCUUGCUCCUCCUCCUCAUCAUCCUCACCGAGUCAGACCUUGACAUUGCAUUUUUACGUGAUAUCCGCCAGACCCCCGAAUUUGAGCAGUUCCAUUACGAAUACUUUUGUCCCCUCAGGCGGUGGUUUGCCUGCAAGCUCCGCUGGGUGGGCGGGUUGCUCAUUAACAAGUGAGAGUGAGGUCGUAGAGUUCGUAAGCCCGUUCGGGGGUCUGAGAUGACGGUUAGGACUCCGGAGUGAUGGAGGGCAGCCUCGUCCCAACCAUGAACCCUGCUUCUCUCAUCAUCCUCCUGCAGACAUACAGCUUGGACCACUCCUGGUAACACCGGGCCAGGAUCUCUCCUCUCCUCCUCCAUUUUGAGUUAACCCCCCCUACCCACCCAACCACCUCCUCGUUUCGCUUGAUUUCUUCUUCUAAUUUUUCUUUUUCUACAAAGCCAGAGGACUUUUUUUUUCUUUUUUUGCAUUUUUUUUAAUUUCACCUCAUUUCAGGUAUUUUAUUUUUUCAAAUAACACAAAGGAAAAAAAAUUAAAACUGAAAUCAAAGGACUGAAGAAGUUUAAACCGUUCCUUUUAGAGAAACGGAGAUUUUGUUGCAACAGAUGAACGUUGCCUUCAUUUAUUAUUUAUUGCUUUUAAACAUGUAUUUGCAUCAGAAAGGGAGACGGGUUGAGCAGCAAUCGAGGAAGUUGAUUUGUCAUGAAAAUGAAGAUGGAAGUGAGUUACGUUAGAGUCGAUAGGCCUACUGCUGUGAAGUAUACGUGAGGCAUAGUAGUAUCAAAUGUUUUGAUAUUGGUUCAUCCCAUCAGACGUCAGCAGUUUGACCUCAGCAGGAAAAAAACAGAACAAUCUGAGGGGAGCAACAGUGAAGGUUCAUGAAGCAGAGAGCAGACAGGGUGAUUACCAAAUGCCUUUUUGAGAAGACGUUGAUUUAGAAUUUUGUGGAUUGUUUUAAGACACAAUUACACUUUAGUAUACGACGGUGUACAAAGUAACCUGACAGAGAACAAAGUUGUUUUUCUAACAUUUUAUAGGGAUACAGUCAAAUAAACCAAUAGUGUUGUGUGACCUAGUGUCAGAUGCGGUUAGAGAAAUACUCUUGGAGAGCAAAGAUCUGCUGGCACCAAUAGAUAAUAGUCUAGAUAGAUGUGCAAUGCUCAUAUGGUUUUAAUAAUUAAGUACUUUUGAAUGUUCCCAUCUGUUCAGUUGUUCUGUUAUUUCUCCAAUUAAUUUGCAUUUUUUUCAUCAAGUUGAAAUUCGAUGAAUUUCAAUAAUUUCUUUGUAUGAAGAGUUUGAUUUUUUUUCUUGGUUUCAUAUCAACCUUGCUCAUAGGUUAAUGUAUCAUACUAUAUUAUUAUUAUUAUUAUUAGAAUAAGAAUAAUGAUGUACUUUUUGUACAAAUUAGUUUGUUUCCUAAUAUAUAUUGACAGGUUUUCCAUGUAUAUUUUAACAGAACUGAAAUGUUAUUUUGUUAUUGAAGAUUAAAUUAUACCUUUUUUAGCGCUGUGUUUCAAGUAAGGUCAGAAGCAUUUAUGGAAAUGUGGAAGUGGGGACUUAAAAAAAAACAGUGUUUUUAUCCAGAUCCACUCGACACUGAUCACACCUCUCAUCACUCCACCAGCAGUCAGUCAGCCUUCAGUGUGUGCACAAUUUUAAUGGUAAUUUAAAACAUGCGUUUGUACAGAAUGAAACCUGGAAAUGAUAUUACACCACCGCAAAUACCAAAUAAUCCAAAAAGCACAUUUUCACCUUUCAUAACUUUACCAUAUCUUCUUUUUUACUUGAAGAGUUUGGAGAGGUGACUGUGAGCCUGACCGAUACUCGACCCCAUUGCCUGUCCUCACACCGAAAUUCAUUUUUGACAAGGAUGAAGGAAACAAGAGCUGAAACGAUUAGUUAAUUGAUAGAUAGAAAAUUAAUUGGCAGCUAUUUUGAUAUUUCAAGCAAAAAUAUUUUCUGGUUUCAGCGUCGUCAAUGUGAAAAUUCUCUCUGUUUUGCAUUACUGUAAAUUGUAAAUAUAUCCUUGGGUUUGGGAUUCUUGUGUCACCUUUGCUUCUGAGAAAUUACAAUGGCAAUUUUUUUUUUUUUACCAUUUUCUGACACUGCAUUGAUCAAACAAUGAAUUUGUUAAUUUGGAAAAUAAUCAACAAUGAAAAUAAUUGUUAGAUGCAGCCCCAAACAAAAGAUUUUGUCACAGAUACAUUAAUAAUAGGACUGGAAACACGGCCUCUUUGGUGGAGGUAACAAUGGUGUCUGCUUGACAAACUUAAGUAUGUAAUGACGACAUCUUCUGAGGCACCUCAUGCACUUUUUCCUGAAUUAUGUACUUCAGUUAUAUCCCUCCCUUAAUUUUCACAUCAGCCAAAAUGAAACCAGACACCAAGAUAUCAGCUGAUAUUGGCGAAUACUAUCUGCCCUUAGAUUUGUCGGUCAGGCUCUAGACUCUUCUGCCUCACAGCUCCAGGAAGCAAUAACUGCCACGACUGCUGGAUUCUGGGUAAAAUCUGUUUUUUGUAAUGCGUGUCUACCUCCUGCACCAAGUGCAGGUGUAAGUGUUACUGUGUCUGUAUGUAGGAAUUGAAACAUGAUUUGAGGUGGUGGUGGUGGAGGUUUAGACAGAGAGAAGUCAAUUUUUCAUCUUUUGCAAAAGGCGAGAAGAACUUAGAGGAAGGAAAAGAGAAUGGAAAAAAGAGAGGAAGAGGUAGAGAAGACUGGGGGAUAUCAGAGGCCUUCGAGAGAGCUUCUUGGAAAGUGCGGUUUAAAGGAAUACUUCACCCCCAAAUGACCAUCUGUGUGUCAGUUACUGACCCUGUGUUAAGCUGAAUUUGCUGAACGAAGAAUCCAAAAACUGGGAAAAUUCUUGAUGAAUUAAAGAAAAAGGGGUCUGCGUUUAACAACAACUCUAUAUCAAAACAUCUGUUUACAAACUCUCGCACAACUCGUGCAGUAUAAUUCAAGUGUCAUUUAUCCAGUCAAAUGCUCAGUACUUCCCAAACAGACAGCUCUUUAUUCUUUUCACUUGAACUUCUAUUGAUUUUCUCAACAAGCAGAAAAACAAGAGCGUACUUAACUCACAUAUCUGCAAAGGUACUUAAACCGGGUAAGAAAAGAUGAAAAAACAAAAACAAAGGGGUGUUGAUAAUGGAGGGUUUAUGUGUGCCUUAGUGAGUUGUGGAUCUACAGGAUAAACUAAAAUACUGGACCAUUAAUGUUUCUUCUGGAGUCUGUCUCCAGACUCUUGGAAAAGUAGGUAUUUCACAAAUAGUAUCCAGUCUGACCUUCCACAGUUGUUGUUCCUCAUUAUAGACUUCAGAAAGGUUAGAUACUGCUCCCUCCAUGGAGAUCAUCUCCAGAAAUGAUGAGCUGCGUCCUUCCAAUUUGUUGCUAUCAGUCUUUUAGCUGUCAUGUUACAAUUUAUAUGUUGUGUUUCGACCAGUUUUCUUGAAGUGUCAUUCAAAAGACAAAAUGCUGGAUAAAAGUGAACAGUGUAGCCAAUAUUUUACCAGGGAUUGCGUAAACAUUUUCCCAGAAGGUUUUAAUCUUAGAACAAGUCCAUACCGUAUGAUAAAAAGUACCUUUAUCUUGUUUGCAGUGCCAACAAAGCCUUUUCUGUCAGGUAACUGAAUUGAUAGCGAAACUUAUCUAUGCUCUUCUCACAGCCAGACUCCAUUGACAAAGAGAGUAAUUUUACCUCACUGAACACAGGAGGUGCUGUUCUACUGCUGUUGAUAGGUAGUUUUUUGUGUUAUUGAAUCAUUCACACAAAAACAAACUAACUUGUAAAGGCAGCAAUACACUAGCGGCUUCGUGUUCAGCAAAGUAAAAUUCCUGUUUUUGUCAGUGGAGUCUGGCUUUGAAGAGAGCAUAGACUGAGUUUAAGUUUCCUGUCAGUAAGGGCUGUCUGUUUGGAAAGUGCUGAGCACAACACAGGAAAAAUGAGACUUCGAUUAUACUGGACACGUUUUGUAAGAGUUUGUAAAUGGAUGUUUUAAUAUUAUUAUUAUUAAUUUAGUAAGAAUUUUCUCCAUUUUUGGAUUCUUCGCUCACCGGAGGUGCAGUGACAAGCCCUAUACUUUAGCCACUACUGGUUGCUGAUUGGCUGAAUUAUUUGGAUGUGUUCUCAGAAAAUUACUUGUUGGCAUGAACUUAAACACCAUGGCCUGCCUCAGCCAGUGACAUAAGCCACCUUGUGGUGUGGCGGGAUAAUACAUUUAACACAAAUCAAACAUGGCUCCAACUGGAGCCAUGAGAGAAAAACAAAGUUUCCUUCACAACUUCAUCUUUACACUGGAUGAUAAAUUGAUAAACAGAUGGUCAUUUGUGGGGCUGAAGUAUUCCUCACCACUUUAAUUGCUGUACAGGGUUGCUAGUUUUUGGCCUGUUAUUUCAAACACCACACUCUCAUACCUGCAGCUGCUCCCACUGAGGGCCUGAUGGUGCUACCUUCUUUGUUUGCUCCUGUGUAUUUCGAGCGUGUCACUCCCUGGCUAACUUGUAGUCCUGACCACAGAGUAGCAUGCACUUUGGCGUUGUGGCUGGAUCCACUCCUGUAGCUCAUUAUCCUUCGCUAGUUAUCUGUGGUGGAAGGGGGCAGCGCUGACAUUUCCUUGCGCCAUGCUAGAGGGAAUAUCAAAUCAUUAGAGCUACGUUGGCGAGAAACCUGUCAUACUCACACACACACACACACACACACACACACACACACACAGUGUAGGAGCUUAUUCAUGUCAAGUUAAUAAUCUGUAACUCGGAUACAUCCAGUAAAUAGUAAUGCAAAGACGAAGCACAUUUUUCCUAGCAGGGGGUGGAGCAGGGUGGGCGGGUUGACUUUUUUUGUGUACAUUCAUACUUCAUAUUUAUUACUUCUUUACUGACAUAAAGGUCGACAUGACCGAGCAGCCCAGCCAGGCUGAGUUGUUAGCAGGACAUCUUUUAAAGGUUGAAGGUGUUUCUCAUACAUGUAUCAGCAUUAUGUAGCGUCAGUGGUCUCUCUGAACAUGCAACAAUUAAAACACAAAAAUAAGGCAGCAUUAUUCAAGGAGCAAUAAUCAGCUGUAAGAGCAAAAAGAUUAACAAACUUAUGUAUGAGAAUCCAACGAUGAGUAAUGUCCUUUGUGUUUCUAAGAAAACCACUUACCAAAUUGCUGUUGUGCUGAUUCUAACGAUGACCACUGAGACACCUAGUUACUGUCGCAUUCAUUGAUAACAUUUUAUAAAAAUCAAUUUCUCCUUA